GGUUUCCACAGACAUUUGCAACUAGCUGAACAUCAGUGAAAGUUCUUCGAAAACCACAGAUCCACAAUGAAGGCCUGGUUUGUUCUGUUCCUGCUGCUGCCUGUCUGUAUGGCGGAUUAUUACAUCGAGUGCAUGGGGGAGGAUUUCCUGAUGGUGAGAGACAUGGUUCUGCAGUGCAGGAGUAAAGUUCCUCAGGCCUGUUAUACGAGAGCGACCGGAGAGAAAGGCUGUGUGAGUGAGCAGUUCUGCGAGAGGAAAGGCUGGAAAUGCUGCCAUGGAAACCUGUGCAACGCCUGAUCCUCAACGCAGCUUCAUCUACACCCCAGUCAUUUGUUUUCAUUUUAUAAUCUGACAGCAAUGCAGCAACAUGACACAAAAUAAAGGUUUCUAUACUGAUGA